UUAAUCCUGAUCCCCGAUCCCCGAUUUCUUUAUCGCCGCCGCCGAUCAUUACCUUAUCAUCUCAUCUCAUCUUACCUGCCCGGUGGUUGCGCCGAUCGGGACAGAACGAUCGAACGGAAGCUGCCUCGUUUGACCAACCGUUCUUUACUCCGAAACUCGUACCACGAGCGAUCGCGGGAUGCCCACGCUUUCCAUGGAAAAUGGAAGAGAAUAAUUCAGCACCAGAUGGGGUCCUUCUUGCCGUGACGCUGGACUUGAGAGGUUGCCCUCGACGACAAGCCAAGCCAGCCCAGCCCCCGAUGGAGGUGCGACGACUGGAGGUCCUGUAAUGGCGGCGCUUUCUUGAUCGACCGAUCGAGCGGGCGGCGGAAAUGGACGGCUCGUGGGUCGUCGUCGGCCCGGCGGGCGGCGAGGGGCGGGUCGGCGCCACCAACAUCGGGAGGCUGCGGCAGGGGAAGGCGGCGAGGGGCGGCGCCGGCGGCGUCACCUCGUGGGACCUCCGGGUGUUCGCCGGGGUGGUCGGCUUCAUGGGCUGCCUCCUGCUCGUCGCCUCCCUCCUCAUGUCCGCGGUCCACCAGGUGCAGUUCAGGAACGGCGCCAUCUCUGUCAACUUCAGGGGCCUGCAGGAGGUCAAGCAAAAUCUCGUAAGGAAAGAACAAGCAGAGCAGAUAAUGCAUGAAAGACUCAUACAGAUGGCAACUUUAGCCACAACAAAGAACGAGUCAGAUAGUGACAAUUUCGCACUAUGGGAAGAACCCUACCAACAAGCGCGCAAAUGGAAACCCUGUGCCGCCAAACACAGCUUGGCCGAUGAAGAGCCUGGCGAGAACAACAAUGGCUACAUUCUGAUCAGCGCAAACGGUGGACUGAACCAACAGCGCGUGGCCGUGUGCAAUGCUGUUGUUGUUGCAGCUCUGCUCAAUGCCACACUAGUCCUCCCCCGGUUUCUUUACAGCAGCGUGUGGAAGGACAAAAGUCAGUUCGGUGACAUCUACCAGGAAGACUACUUUGUGAACUAUAUGAAGAGUGAUGUGCGCAUUGUGAAAGAUUUACCGCCCCAUCUCCAGUCUGUAGAUUUCGAGGCUAUCGGUAGCCAAAUCACUGAUAAUGACAUCACGAAAGAGGCUGACCCGUCUGAAUUCAUCAAAACUGCACUUCCCGUUCUUCUGAAGAACCAUGUCGUUCAUUUCCUCGGGUUCGGUAACCGGCUCGGCUUCGACUCUGUACCUGUCCAUCUUCAGAGGCUGCGAUGCAGAUGCAACUUCCACGCGCUGAAGUUCACCCCUGAAAUCCAGAAGCUGGGCUCUCUGCUGGUCCAGCGGCUGCGGGGAGUGAGCGAGAUGCAGACGGAGAUGGACAAGCAGCUCUUCGGAGGCAACAUGAUCGACACGUCGUCCGGGGUGGAGCACACCGACGACCCCGGUGCGCCAAGCAAGUACCUCGCUCUGCACAUGAGGUUCGAGGUGGACAUGGUCGCCUACUCCCUCUGCGAGUUCGGCGGCGGCGAAGAGGAGAGGAGCGAGCUGCACGCGUUCAGGGAGACCCACUUCCCGGCCCUCGCCACCCGCCUUCGGAACACCACGGUGUCGCCGGAGGAGCUGAGGAGCCAGGGGAGGUGCCCUCUGACGCCUGAAGAAGCCGGGCUCAUUCUGUCGGCGCUCGGCUACGACCACCGGACGUUCAUGUACGUGGCCGGGUCUCAGAUAUACGGCGGUGCGACGCGGCUCCGCCCUCUGACGCGGCUGUACCCGAAUCUCGUCACCAAGGAGGACAUCCUCUCCUCCGACGAGCUCGCUCCGCUAAAGAACUUCUCUUCCCGGCUCGCGGCGCUUGACUUCAUCGCGUGCGCCUCGUCGGACGUGUUCGCGGUGACGGACUCCGGCAGCCAGCUGUCGUCGCUCGUGUCGGGGUUCCGCGUGUACCACGGCAGGGGCCGCGCGCCGACGCUGCACCCGAACCGGAAGCGCUACGCGCAGAUCCUGUCGGAGGAAGGCGGCAUCGAGUGGAGCGGCUUCCGGAAGAGGGUGAGAACAAUGGUGGAGGAGUACAAGCGGGUGCGCGCACGGCCGAGGGGCCGCACCGUCUACCGCCAGCCCAGGACGCCCGGGUGCAUGUGCAGGGCCGGCGGCGACAGCAGCGUCGACUUCUGAGUUUCUCUGUCACGGUGUUGAAGCCUGCAGUACGUUGUUUGUUUCGUUCUUCUGUGCAUAACUUGUUUAGCUUGGGGUUCUUUGGAAUUUAGAUAGCUAUAUAUAUAGGAUACAGCAGUCCAAUCAUGAGAUUUUAGAGUACUCACAGUACAGAAUUAGAUUGAAUUUUUUGAGUAAUAGUAGUAUGCUUGUAACAGAGGCCGUUUGGAAAGAAGAGAUGUACAAAUGAGAUGUAUCUGGUGAGUCACCUCUUUUGAUGAUUUUGAUUUAGAACUUAACCUGUUAGGGGGUACUUCUAAAUCAAUUAAUUUUGUUUUUUUAAA